AUGCUCGGAGAUAUGGUGCACGACCGGGUCAAGGAGACAGCACCACCAAAUAUCGGCACCCAUCAUCUCAACCUCAGCACGCACCAUAUAGCCGGAUUGCCGGGGCCUGCCGUGGAAUACGUCCGCGCGGCUGCUGGAUUUUCUCAUUUCUACAUUUUUCUACAACUUGUUGAUCUCCGUCUCAACAACACUGCAAACAUGUGCGACGAUGAAGUGGCCGCGCUUGUGGUCGACAAUGGCUCCGGAAUGUGCAAGGCUGGCUUUGCCGGUGAUGAUGCGCCGCGCGCCGUCUUCCCCUCGAUUGUGGGCCGCCCUCGCCAUCAGGGUGUGAUGGUCGGCAUGGGGCAGAAAGACUCUUACGUCGGUGACGAGGCCCAAUCGAAGCGUGGAAUCCUCACUCUGAAGUACCCCAUUGAGCACGGCAUCGUUACCAACUGGGACGACAUGGAGAAGAUUUGGCAUCACACCUUCUACAACGAGCUCCGCGUCGCGCCCGAGGAACAUCCCGUCCUUCUCACCGAGGCCCCGUUGAACCCGAAGGCCAACCGCGAAAAGAUGACGCAAAUCAUCUUCGAAACCUUCAACGCACCCGCAAUGUACGUUGCCAUCCAGGCCGUGCUGUCGCUCUACGCCUCUGGACGCACCACCGGCAUUGUCCUUGACUCUGGUGAUGGUGUCUCUCACACCGUGCCGAUCUACGAGGGCUACGCUCUGCCUCAUGCCAUUCUCCGUUUGGAUUUGGCUGGUCGUGACCUUACCGACUACUUGAUGAAGAUUCUCACGGAGCGUGGUUACUCUUUCACCACCACCGCUGAGCGCGAAAUCGUCCGCGACAUCAAGGAGAAACUCUGCUACGUGGCCCCGGACUUUGAGCAGGAGAUGGCCAGCGCUGCUGCGUCGUCGGCGAUGGAGAAGAGCUACGAGCUGCCGGAUGGUCAAGUGAUCUCUGUUGGCAACGAGCGCUUCCGUUGCCCCGAGGCUCUGUUCCAGCCAUCUUUCCUUGGCAUGGAGUCGGCCGGUGUUCACGAGACUUGCUUCAACUCCAUCAUGCGGUGCGACAUCGACAUUCGCAAGGAUCUCUAUGCCAACGUCGUCCUCUCCGGCGGCACCACUAUGUACACCGGAAUCGCUGACCGCAUGCAUAAGGAAAUUUCUGCUCUUGCCCCUAGCACCAUGAAGGUCAAGAUCGUGGCUCCGCCUGAGCGCAAGUACUCUGUGUGGAUCGGCGGCUCCAUCCUGGCUUCCCUCUCGACCUUCCAGCAGAUGUGGAUCUCGAAGCAAGAGUACGACGAGACCGGCCCCUCUAUUGUCCAUCGCAAGUGCUUC